UCGAGUGUUCAAACAUUUUGAUUUUUUGUGCAAAAUGAAUUCUUUUCAUGCCAAAAAUAAGUGUUAACGUGUAAAAAAGGAAAUAUUUUGCGUAGUUUUCUGGUUUUAGAGCGAUGAAAUUCAAAUUUCUCAAUAUGCAUAUUUUUUCUCGCGAUUUACGCGCCAUUAUGUGUGACGUCAUAUGCGACCUUUGGCGAGAAGGUGUGAUAACAGAUGUAAGAUUGUGUAAGCCAUUUGAUCAGCUUUGAUUGCUAAACAAAUCAAUUAUCACGUUAUCGGAUUAUUUAUAACGGUUCAUUAUGGUGUUUUGUGCCGCCUACGGAUGUACUAGCCGUCAUAAGAAGGGAUGUGGACUGAGUUUUUUCAGUUUUCCUAAGGAAGGUUUGAGGAAAAAGACUUGGGUGAAUUUUUGUCGGCGCGAGGACUUUGUUCCAUCCAAAAGCAGUCGCCUGUGUUCUUUGCACUUUUCUAAAGAGCAGUUGGACAGAGAUCCAGAUAAACUGAAGGAAAAUGGUUAUAAUGGAGCCAAGAUUCGGUUGCGAACUGAUGCUAUUCCCGAUAUCCCCCUCCCUCUGCAUCCUGUCCAUGACGAGAAUGCCGCCAUUGCUCUACCCGCAUCAAAGCCCCGAGGGGCAUAUGCAAAACGCCAGAGAGCCGACGUUCUACGCCAAGUUCUUCAAGAAAUGGAACCUCGUGCUAAUGAGGAGCAGCCUAAUGACCAUGAUGAGGAUACAGAACCUCCACUUCUGCCUGAACUGCCACCUACUGAGCAGAUAGAGCCAGAACCACAAUCAGCUGAUGAGGAGACAGUUGCCAUCACCUCAAACCAGACGGAGAAGCAAUGCCAAGCAGCAAUUCGACCCCCACAGAGGACACGUAAGAUACAAGUGUCUCUUACAAAUGACAAGACAGUAAGGACUGUGUCUACCGGAGUUCAAUGUUCCAACCUCUCCGAUGGUGUUUCAUUGAGGGUCGCUGCCGGAUUAGUGCCUUGUCAUGUGCCUCAGCCACCCCCUGAAAGUGACAGUGAAGAGGAAGACAAUUAUGAUAGUGACCCAGACUUUGAUUUAGACGAGGCAGAGGAAGAUGAUGAAGACAUCCCGAACGAAUCAUAUUCCCUGAGGACCAAUCCCCCACCAGAGGAAGAGAGACAAUUCCUGGUUGCAGAGUCUUCCCUAGCAAAAUUAUUGCGGAAAUGUGACACUUGUGGUGAAGUAUGCAAUCCAAUUGUGCAGUUCACGAGGGGCACCAUGAUUGGGACUGUGUCAAAAUGUGUGAAUGGACAUACCAUGCAAUGGGAAAGUCAGACAUGUUAUCACGGAAUGCCAUGGUCAAAUCUUCUUCUGGCAGGUGCCAUUGUAUUUAGUGGCAUCAACAGCUCUAAGUGUCUCCGUUUUUUUAGACAUCUCAAAGUGCCAACAAUCUCAGCAUCUACAUUCAGCAGAAUCCAGUCUUCGUAUGUUGUGCCAGCAGCCUUAUUCACGUGGGACUUUCAUCAAGCAGAGUUGCUGAAUCAGAAUGCAGGAAGACCCCUUAUAUUAGGAGGCGAUGCAAGAUGCGAUUCUCCAGGCUUCUCUGCCAAGUUUGGCUCCUAUACAUUGUUGGACUUGGAGAUGGGGAAAGUGGUGGAUUUUCAAUUGGUUCAGAGUAAUGAGGUUGCUGGAUCCACGCAUAUGGAACUAGAAGGUCUGAAAAGAGGACUAAAAAGAUUGGAAGAUGCCGGCCUCCAUGUCCAGACACUUGUUACAGACAGACAUAGCAUGGUGAAGAAGUUCAUGAGGACGGAGCAUCAUGAUAAAAAACAUUAUUUUGACGUCUGGCACAUGGCCAAAGGCAUUUCAAAGAAACUGGAGACAAAUGCAAAGAAAAAGGAUUGCGAUGAUAUCAGACUUUGGACCAGGAGUGCUGUCAACCACUGCUACUGGGUGGCAGCCUCCAGUGGAGACAAUGGCGAUAUGAAGGAGCAGAAGUGGGCAUCCUUAGUGGAACAUGUUGCCAAUAAACAUGCAAACUGUCAACAUGGGGAGUUAGAGGAUGGUAGACAAUGGCUAAGAGAAGGAUCCAGAGCCCAUAAGCUGUUUCGGGAGGUGGUAGAGAGUAAAUUUCUGUUGAAGGAUGUGUCCAAGUUAUCUCCUCUUCACCAAACUUUCAGCCUAGAGGUUUUCCAUAGUGUGGUGAAUAGCUUUGCCCCAAAGACAACGCAUUUUUUCUUCCCUGCUAUGACAGCAAGAUUGUGUGUAGCAGCUCUUCACUUUAAUGAAAAUGGUCGGCGUUACCAGGCAGUGACAAGAGCUGGUGUACCACAGUGGCAGUUGAGCUACCCGAAAGGGAAAAAAGGAAAGCAUGUUGUUGUAAAGCCACGGAAGACUCCAAUUACUUAUGAUUAUAUUGACAUCUUGCGACUGAAUCUUGUGGAACGCAGGCUUCAGCUACCCUCGUGUUCAGCAGCUUCAUCUGAUGGAAAAGCUUCUCUUGGAUACCAACCACCAACCCUUAUAUCAGGCUAUGCUGCAGUCAACAAGGACCAGCUCAUUGUUACAAGGCGUACUAGAUUUGCACGGUAGAGCUAUGGUUCUAUACAGUGGGCUUGGAAUCCUGUGUAGUCCUCUGAUGGGAAUGUCCUGCGAAUUGUUGUGACAACACAUGCUGGCAAAACUUUACGAUUCCUCCGUCCGAGUCGAUGCCAUAUCCAGAGGACAAACCGGCGAUAUGCAAUGUGUCUGUAUGUUCUGUGAACAAUAAAACAAUUACAGUUGUAACUGAUUUGGUUUAUGUGCCAUGAACUAAGUGAAGUUAGUUGGAGACUGUUGUUGUAAAUACUGUUGUUGUGAAUUGUUUUUAACUUUUAUGUGAUUGUUUUGUACAGAAUUAAAGAAAACAGGAAUCAU